UCAAUCUAUUUCACUUUGAACACAAAUGUUCUUUCUUUCUAAUUCUAUCACUCUAAUAACAAAAUCUCGCUUACAGCUUUUCGGGUCACCAAAGAUGAGGAAGCCAAAAAAACGACGCUGGUUCUGUUAUAUCUUAUGAUUACUACAAAUACAGGAGAGACGGAAUUUGCCACUGUAUUUUCAGUCGCCGUUCUUGUUCCUUGAAGCAAGUAUUCUUUUUCCCCUCUCUCGCUACCCAAAAUCUGAAUUUUCGUCUUUCCAGUUAAUACCAGACAAUGCAGACAUCUUCAAUUGUCAAGCAUACUCAACCAUUGAUCCAGAAAUUCUCCAGUCUUUACAAUAUAACCCCAACUGCCAGGAGGAUUUGUUUCUUACCAAUCACUAAGCCCACUACUGCAAAACCUUUGAUCAUCUCUAGAAGCUUUAAGAAAGAAGCUGUGUUUGUUGUGUUGAAAGAAGUUCAAAAAGCUGUUCUCAAUGACCCUACUUGGCAAGAAGUAAAGAAGUCUAUGCUCACUAAUUCAUCUUUGCAGGUUGCUGCAUUCAAGUCUAUUGGACGAUUUCUAGAAUGGUCAUCUCCAACGAUCCAAGGCGUUUUCUCAAUGUUUGCUUUCUGGAAGGAAAAAGAUAUACAGUUUGUCCAGAAAAGUGAUUUGAUUGUUUUUCAAAGCCAAGGCGCAGAGGUUUUUGGGGUAGUCACGCAGAUUGGAGACAAUGCAGGGAAGACGUCAAUUGUUGACACGCGAUGUGGCUAUGUGCAUUUUGGUACAAAAACCCAAUUUGACAAAAGUUUGAUUUACAACCUUACUUACAGGAAUGGUUCCAAUGAUGUUUUAUGGAGCAUCAGGACUACAGUGGAAGUGGAAUGUGACUGUGACCUGGAUAAGCUGGAGAUUCUGGUUGGUUGUCUUAAAGCAAUGGUUAAUACAUAUUGGUUGGUAAAGGAUAAUUCAGCUCACAACCGUGUCAUAGUGGACACUUAUGUUCCACGACCAAAGAUAACCAUGACUGCAUAUGUCAAGUUUUCAAUGCUGGAAGAUCCGCCAGUCACUAGUUACGAGGACGUGAUUGGGAUUUUUACUGCAAAGAUUCAAGCUUUUGUGCACGAACAGUGGAAGCGUUUAUUUUGAUAUGAUCUUGAUAAGUGGCCCAACUACUAAAACGGAGUUGUUCUCUCUCUGUUGCUUUGUCACACUUGUGCUGAAAUAGAUUGUUUGUAGAGGCUUUUUGCUGACAUCUCUCUGACUUCAAAGAUGAGCAAGCAGUAAUCUUAGGCUUCUCAUUUUCACACUUUCGAUGUUUUUUCUUAGACAGCUGUAUAGGUAGCUGGUCAAUGACCAUUUAUUGGAUAUUUUAGCAUCAAUUUUUCCUUGUGAGAGUUCUCCUCGACUCUUCAUCAUUGGUUGUAGCCUUGGUUGCUCUUGCUGGUCUGUAAAUUUACUGUUGUUCUCAUAAACACUGUUGAAUAAAUAAAAUUGUCUAUUUUUUUACCAU